AUGCAGGACAUGGUGGAGGACUUCAAGAACAAAUAUGAAGAUGAAAUCAACAAGCGCACCGCUGCAGAGAAUGAAUUUGUGACUCUGAAGAAGGAUGUGGAUGCUGCCUACAUGAAUAAGGUUGAACUACAAGCCAAGGUAGAUGCUCUCAUGGAUGAGAUCAACUUCACCAGAGCCUUCUAUGAAGCCGAACUGGCUCAGAUGCAGACCCACAUCUCAGACACUUCUGUGGUCCUUUCCAUGGACAACAACCGUGACCUGGACCUGGGCAGCAUCAUUGCUGAAGUCAAGGCUCAAUAUGAGGAGAUUGCUCAGAGGAGCCGGACUGAGGCUGAGUCCUGGUACCAGAGCAAGUAUGAGGAGCUUCAGGUCACAGCUGGCAGACACGGAGAUGACCUGCGCAACACCAAGCAGGAGAUUGCUGAGAUCAACCGCAUGAUCCAGAGGCUGAGAUCUGAGAUUGACCACGUCAAGAAACAGUGCGCCAACCUGCAGGCCGCCAUUGCUGAUGCUGAGCAGCGUGGGGAGCUGGCCCUCAAGGAUGCCAAGAGUAAGCUGGUUGAGCUGGAAGAUGCCCUGCAGAAAGCCAAGCAGGACAUGGCCCGGCUCCUGAAGGAGUACCAGGAACUGAUGAAUGUCAAGCUGGCCCUGGAUGUGGAGAUUGCUACCUACAGGAAGCUGCUGGAGGGCGAGGAGUGCAGGUUGAGUGGGGAAGGUGUUGGACCAGUCAACAUCUCUGUGGUGCAGUCCACCGUCUCCAGUGGUUAUGGCAGUGCUGGUGGUGUCGGCAGUGGCUUCGGCCUGGGCGGAGGCAGCGGCUACUCCUAUGGCAGUGGUCACAGCCUUAGAGGUGGCUUCAGUUCUGGCAGUGGCAGAGGCUUUGGGGGUGGCCUCAGCUCGCUGGGGGGCAGCAGUUCCACCAUCAAAUACAGCACCACCUCAUCCACCACCAGGAAGGGCUACAAGCACUGAAGUCCUCCCAUUGGCUCUUGGUCCCACAUUGUCUCAAGGCCCCCUUUGCAGCUGCAUGGUCCUCUCUUCAGGUUGCUUCUUCUCUCCUGUCUCAGAUUUCUCUUGGCCCCUGGGUUAAGCAGAAGUUGCCUAGUCCU